AUGGGCAACAUCUGCGGAAAGACAGAGCCAGAGGCUUUUUCGCAACCUGGCAGAGUCUUGGGUUCCGCUCCCACUCCAGCCGCGGGCACAGCGCCUGUUCCAAAAAAGGUCGGAGGCCCCCCAAGGACUUUGGGAAGUGGCCCAGCUGUGGAAGCUUCAGGAGAUACGGAUGACGCCCGGAGGAAAGCCGCGGAAGCUGCAGAGGCGCGCGCAAAAGCAUCCUCAAAGCCAGGUGGAAAGUUGCAGACACAACUAGCAGCACAGAAGAAACAGACACGUUCAGAAACCCUCAAGGACGCCGGCCAAGAGCAACUGCGAGCGCGUGAGGCCGAUCAAGCAGCUGAAGCACGGAAUUGGGCAUGA